AUGGCAGAUCCGUACUCACAAGCUCGUGAUCCUUCACAGCCAAACUCGAACCAAGAACAACGUAGCUAUGAUUACUACCAGUCCUCCCGCUAUGCAUCCUCAUACCAGCCUUCGCAACGGACAGCCAGCGCCAGCGAUACACAGCCACCAUUACCAGCCCAAACACCAAAUUACAUCUGCUUGUACUCUGGUUGUGAAUCGCAGGCAUACUCCCGCCACGCCGAUCUCCAACGACACGUAGAAGUUAUCCAUAAGACGGGAAGUGUUGCAAAAGUGGACUGCACGCAGGCAGGCUGCCAUCGGAGCGGGGCGUACGGGUUCACGAGGAAGGACAAGAUGGUUGAGCAUCUUCGUGAGGUUCAUCCGGUGGAUGUUCAGAAGCGCCAGCAAGGACGUCGCCAAAUGGACGAUAGACCGAUCAACACAGAUUCGAUUGGAAGGCCUGGUCUAUAA